AUGGAGAAUGAGUACAAUGAAGCAACCGAAGUUCUUGUGAAACUAUUCAGAAACGCAAAUCAAGAACUUGAAAUACUUCACAAGCGUCUCCAAAAAGAGUUUCAUCACCUUUACCCUGACAACGCAAAUCCUAUGAAGCUUGCGUCUAGGAUCAAAAAGGUACUGGAAGAUGUUUCAUCUUUAAAGGAAGAAUGCCCCAAGCUUCUUGCUGCUAAGCAGGAUUUGAUUGAUAAAGCUCAGAGAGGUCUGGUUGAGAGUAGAAAUUUAUUGAAGCGUAUGCAAUCAUCGGUUGGCAUCCCCUUUACCGGUGAAGACGAGGAAGCAUUUGCUAACUUCAAACAGGUGAUUGAUGAAUGGACAGAUCAAACAAGAUCAAAAAUAGGAAACGAACCGUGUGAUUCAGAUUCUGGUGAUCUCAACAGACUACUCUUUUCCGCCAUAGUUCAAAGUGAUUGA